AAGCUAAUUUGGCUCUCUUAGUUCUGCACCAGAUUGGGGUACGAGACAAGUAUCAAGGGACGAGAUUGUGGCGACCGUGGUUGUACAAGGUGGACUGUACGUGGUGUGACAGGAAGAGAGGAAGAAGACGGAAACCUCGACCACCUGCAGCUGAUGCAGUGCACGACUGUGAGCUGUGCCGAAGCGGGCUUGAAUUUUGAUUUGCAACGAACGGGGACGAGAUUUGCAAAUGCUGAUGCCCUGUGUCGAGUGCAGAAUGAGGUGCGUUUCAGGUGUGGUUGGUCGGCGAUGAAGAUUGGAAUCGGGAGCGGGGAGGAUAGAGCGCAUUCUGAAUUUCAUCGGAGAAUUUGAAGAGCACAUUGCGAGUAUCCAUCUUUGUUGUCGCUGAGGGAGCAAUAAAAUGACAACCCGGAUCACACCGGGUGUGGGUGCAAAUCUCCUGGGGCAACAUGCCGCUGAGAGAAACCAAGACGCCACUGCGUAUGUAGGGAAUCUUGAUGCCCAGGUUUCGGAAGAGCUCCUUUGGGAGCUGUUUGUUCAAGCUGGACCUGUUGUGAACGUUUAUGUUCCGAAGGACAGAGUGACAAACCUCCAUCAAGGUUAUGGAUUUGUGGAGUUCCGCAGUGAAGAAGAUGCAGAUUAUGCCAUCAAAAUUUUGAACAUGAUCAAAUUGUAUGGAAAGCCUAUUCGUGUCAACAAGGCCUCUCAGGAUAAGAAAAGCUUAGAUGUUGGUGCCAAUUUGUUCGUUGGGAACCUGGACCCGGAUGUCGACGAGAAACUCCUGUACGAUACCUUCAGUGCCUUCGGCGUGAUUGUCACAAAUCCGAAGAUAAUGAGGGACCCAGACUCCGGAAAUUCUCGCGGUUUUGGAUUCAUCAGCUAUGAUUCUUUUGAAGCUUCUGAUGCAGCCAUUGAGGCAAUGAACGGGCAGUAUCUUUGCAAUCGUCCUAUCACUGUUUCGUAUGCUUACAAGAAAGAUACGAAGGGAGAAAGGCAUGGCACGCCCGCAGAGAGAAUGUUGGCUGCGAGUAAUCCCAACGCGCAGAAAAAUAGGCCACAUACAUUGUUUGCCAGUGGUCCUCCAUCUCUUGUUGGGCCUCCGGUUGCAGGUGCUGGGCCACCACCUAUCCCACCUCAUUCGAAUGGCAACAUGGGGCCUCCGCCAGGCCUCAAUGGAAACAUGUUACCUCCACCCCCGCCAUUUGGGAAUGGUCCUCCACCCAUGCCUCCACCUCCUCCACAACAAGGUCCUCCAGCCCAACCUCCCCCACCUCAAGGGCCACCUGGUCAUUUUGGUGGGCAGCCAAACCAAGGCCCCCCACAUCAAAUGCCCCCACCCGGGUCUGGUCCUCCACCUUGGGGCAAUCAGCCUCCUCAACAAGGAGGAAUGCCUCCACAAGGUGGUAUGCCACCUCCACCCCAGUUUAGACCAGGGCCACCACCUCCUAAUAUGCCACCACCACCUGGGUACCAUGGUAUGAGGCCUCCUCCUCCAAUGGGUAUGGGAGGUCCUCCACCUCCUCCCUGGGGAAGAGGACCUCCUCCUCAAGGUGGAAUGCGUCCACCUCCUCCCAACAUGCAAGGCAUGCCUCCUAUGAAUCAACAAGGUCCCCCAAUGCAGGGGAUGCCUCGCGGUCCACCUGGUAUGCCUCCCCCACCUCCUCAAGGUAUGAUGCCGCCACCUCCAAGGCAACAAGGGCCUCCUCCUCCUGGUGGUGCCCCUCCCCCACCUCCCCCACCUCCUUCAGUACCUGCACCUAAUCAACAACAACCGGCUAGGUAGUCAACGAGAGCUCAUUCUUCAAGCGGCCUUUCUUUAGAGAUGGUUUUUAAUCCUUCUCUCAGCAGUUUUGUUUCUCUUACCAGUUAACUAUGUAGAUACAUGAAUCACAUAGUAUUUACGUGUUAGACGAAUUGUCAGAGAUUUGCGCAAGAGCUUUUUGUCUGUAAGUAAGAGCAGGCUCUGAAUCAAUUCCAAUUGUACUAUGAAAGAUUUUUCACCUUCGCUCAUGCACCUUCCACUUGUAUUAAGCAAUUUUACACUGUGUGUCUGAAUUUUAGUCUUGAAAUCUGAAGGUCUUUCGCGAGUAUUUUGCUAGGCAAAGGGUUAUAGAGGCACAUGAAUAUAUAGAUGAGUAGACUGCCUCUACUGAUCAGCAAGAGUAUAUUGCAAGAAGAAUCAUGUAGCUUUCUGGUUGGAUAGAGGAAUUUGUCAAUUGAAGUAACGUGGUUGGAGGUUGGGUGUUCGUCCAUACUGCUAGAGCUGUUCAAGGAGCGAAGUGUAUUCUG